AUGAGGGAGUCGACCCCUAAAUCUGCGCAGCCUAGUUUUUUGUUGCCACCUCCUGCAUCGACUACUGCUCCAUCAAUUUUAGUCUUGGAGUGGGUAGUGUGUCAUGUCCCUUCAUCAUCGAGGGUUGAGGCUAAGCCUGCUCCCUUGAGUAAACCUCCACAUCCGCCCAGGACCACACAACCUCCAGUGGUCUUUUAUAUUCCUAUGACUGCGCCCAAUGUAGCCAAAGGAAAUGCACCCAAUUUGUCAAAGUUCAUGGCCCGCCCUCCCUUCGAGCUCCCAAUCAUAGCUGACAUUCCUUGGUCAUCUCGCUAUGAAAAGGGGAAGUUCUCAUCUCAUGUCCCUUCAUCUCUACUUUCACCUUCAUCACAACCUGUGCCGAAACCCUUUGUUCCUCUGACUGCUCCUCGAGUGAAACAAGGUAGAGCACCUGUUGUUUUGAAUGUGGUGUCUCUCUAA